AGACCAGGAAACGGUACCGCUCGGUGCCACUCGCUGUACAUGUACUAUGCACGGCAUCAGCACAUUAAAGGUUUGGAUUCGAGUACCGUACAUUUAACUGGAAUGGAGACCGUCCGGGAAGCCCAGGUGCGCCGCUGGCUGCGGAUUGUCUUCGUUCUUCUUUGCCUAACGCCGACUGUAACAGCGACUGUCUCGUAUGAGGAUCUCUUCACCAAGGAGGAAGGUCGCUUCUUCGGUGCAUCUUCUGACAACAUAGCAGAUUACAACGACAUAGACGCCGAGGAGUGUGCCCGCCGCUGUCUGCAAGGUUACGGCAGUUACGACGGCGUCAACCCGACAUGUCUGUCCUUCAACCAUCGCCCCGCGGGGUCGCCAGAAGGCGGCAGUGCACGGUGUUGGCUCCGGAGUAGUGACAAGGACACGGCGGCGUCUCCUGGUCCGGAGUGGGAAAGUUGGCCUCAUCGAAAUUACUACCAGAGGAUAGCUGACAUCCUGUUAGACGUUCUGAUGCCACAAGAUUGUGUUGACAUAUUUGCCCUUGGACUACAAGCCAGUCAGGUUUACUCCAUCGGACAUCCCCAGCCAUUCCAGGCCUACUGUGACAUGAACACUGACGGCGGUGGAUGGACGGUCAUACAGCGCCGUCAGGACGGGUCCGUGCCGUUUGACAGGACUUGGGCUGAGUACGAGCGGGGCUUCGGCAAUGCUAGUGGAGAAUACUGGCUGGGAUUGGGGAACAUCCACAGUCUGACAACACAGAAACCAAACGAACUGUACGUGUACUUGGAAGACUGGGAAACGAACAGCCGGUUUGCGCGGUACAGCAUGUUUUCUGUAGGAGAUGCCAGCAGCAAGUACACGGCAACGAUCGACGGGUACAGUGGGGAUGCGACUGAUAGUUUGGACCCGUCCAAUACACGUCACAGCAUCAACAACAGAAGGUUUUCAACAACAGACCAGGAUAACGACGGUAUCAGUACUGACUGUGCGGGUACAUUCGGACAAGGAGGCUGGUGGUACAGUCCAACUUGUAGCCAGGCCUUGUUGAACGGACAGUAUCUGACCGGUUGUUCACUACCUGCUCCAGGUUCCUGCCGUAGUGCAGAUGGAAUCGUCUGGUAUACUUGGAGGGGUUACCGAUAUUCCUUGAAGAAAACGGUCAUGAUGAUCAGGCCAAGCAACUUUUCAGCCUCGCCGUUCAAACCAUGUCAGAAUGGUGGAAAUCUCACAUCGGGGCCUGUACAGUCAGGACUAUAUGUCUGCGCAUGUGCGCCGGGAUGGAACGGGCCAUUUUGUGAACAAGUCUGUAUGCAGGGUGAGUUCGGACCCGACUGUACCGGCACCUGUCACUGUGCGAGCGGAGAUUCCGUGUGUAACAUCCGGACUGGAAUCUGCUCUAGUGGAGGGUGUGAGGCCGGGUGGAAGGGAAACAACUGUCAGACAGAGUGCCCAGACGGCAUGUACGGACCUGACUGUACCCAAACCUGUAACUGUGCAAACGGACCAGCUGCCUGUGACAAGAAAACUGGGUUCUGUAUGGGGGAUGGAUGUCUUGAUUUCUGGACUGGAGACUCGUGUCAGAUCCGUACAGCGACUGUCUCGUAUGAGGAUCUCUUUACCAAAGAGGAAGGUCGCUUCUUCGGAGAUUCUGCUAACCUAAUAACAGCGUACAACGACAUAGACGCCGAGGAGUGUGCCCGCCGCUGUCUGCAAGGUUACGACAGUUACGACGGCGUCAAUCCGACAUGUCUGUCCUUCAACCAUCGCCCCGCGGGGUCACCAGAGGGCGGCAGUGCACGGUGUUGGCUCCGGAUAAGUGACAAGAACACAUCGGCGUCUCCUGGUCCGGAGUGGGACAGUUGGCCUUACCGAAAUUACUACCAACGGAAACACAUCGUGGCUCCCCGAGAUUGUUCUGAUAUGUUCGCCCUUGGGAUUCAGUACAGUCACGUUUAUGCUGUUGGCCACCCACAACCAUUCCAGGCCUACUGUGACAUGGACACUGAUGGCGGCGGGUGGACGGUCAUACAGCGGCGCCAGGACGGGUCCGUGAGGUUUGAUAGAACUUGGACUGAGUACGAGCAGGGCUUCGGCAGUCCUAGUGGAGAAUACUGGCUGGGAUUGGGGAACAUCCACAGUCUGACAACACAGAAACAAAACGAACUGUACGUGUACUUGGAAGACUGGGAAACGAACAGCCAGUUUGCGCGGUACAGCACGUUUUCUGUAGGAAAUGCCGGCAGCAAGUACACGGCAACGAUCGACGGGUACAGCAGGGACUCCAGUGUUACUGAUAGUUUGGACCCGUCCACUACACGUCACAGCAUCAACAACAGACAAUUUUCUACAAUAGAUCAGGAUAAUGACGGUGUCAGUACUGACUGUGCGGGUAGAUUCGGACAAGGAGGCUGGUGGUACGCUGAAAGUUGUGGUUACACUUUGUUGAACGGGCAGUAUCUGACCGGCUGUUCAGUACCUACAGCUUCCUGCUCGCGUGCAAAUGGAAUCGUCUGGCACAGUUGGUUGGGUUACCUGUAUUCCUUGAAGAAAACAGUCAUGAUGAUCAGGCACGCCAAUUUUUCAGUCUCAUCAUUCAGGCCGUGUCAGAAUGGUGGAACUCUCAUAUCAGGACCUGUAGAGUCAGGAGUCUACAUCUGCGCAUGUACGACAGGGUGGAUUGGACCGUUUUGUGAACAGGAGUGCCCAGAUGGCAUGUACGGAACCGGCUGCACCCAAACCUGUCACUGUGCAAACGGACCAGCUGCAUGUGACAAAAAGACCGGAUUCUGUAUUGGGGGAUGUGUGGACUUCUGGACUGGAGAAUCAUGUCAAAACCGCACAGCGACUGUCUCGUAUGAGGAUCUCUUUACCAAGGAGGAAGGUCGCUUCUUCGGAGAUUCUCUUAACAACAUAACAGCGUACAACAACAUAGACGCCGAGGAGUGUGCCCGCCGCUGUCUGCAAGGUUACGGCAGUUACGACGGCGUCAACCCGCCAUGUCUGUCCUUCAACCAUCGCCACGCGGGGUCGCCAGAGGGCGGCAGUGCACGGUGUUGGCUCCGCAGUUCUGACAAGGACAGGGCGGCGUCUCCUGGUCCGGAGUGGGAAAGUUGGCCUCAUCGAAAUUACUACCAACGGAAACGCAUUCAGGCCCCCCAAGACUGUACUGACACGUUCGCCCUUGGGCUUCAGUACAGUCAUGUUUAUGCUGUGGGUCACCCCAAAACAUUCCAAACCUACUGUGACAUGGACACUGAUUUCGGAGGAUGGACGGUCAUACAGCGGCGCCAGGACGGGACGGUGCAGUUUGACAAGACUUGGACUGAGUACGAGCAGGGCUUCGGCAAUCUCAUCGGAGAAUACUGGCUGGGAUUGGGCAACAUCCACAGUCUGACAACACAGAAACAAAACGAACUGUACGUGUACUUGGAAGACUGGGAAACGAACAGCCGGUUUGCGCGGUACAGCAUGUUUUCUGUAGGAGAUGCCAGCAGCAAGUACACGGCAACGAUCGGCGGGUACAGCGGGGAUGAUGCUGGUGAUAGUUUGUACAAUUCCAAUUCACGUCACAGCAUCAACAAUAUACAAUUUUCUACAACUGACCAGGAUAACGACGGUGUCAGUACUGACUGUGCGGGUACAUUCGGACAAGGAGGCUGGUGGUACACUCCAAGUUGUGGUUACGCCUUGUUGAACGGACAGUAUCUGACCGGUUGUUCAGUACCUGCCCCACCCUCCUGCUCGCAUGCAGAUGGAAUCGUCUGGAACACUUGGUUGGGUCACAAAUAUUCCUUGAAGAAAUCAGUCAUGAUGGUCCGGCCCGAUGAUUUUCCUGAAUGUCCUGACGGUUAUUACGGCUAUGAGUGCAGAGAAAGUUGUGGAAACUGUGUGGCAGGGACAGUCUGUGAGAAAACCAACGGCACCUGUCCAUUACUGGCGACAAUAUCAGACCAUCCAGAAAACGUCACAGUAGUUGCUAAUAUUGAAGUAACGUUCAACUGCACCGGUCGCGGUGUUCCCGCCCCUACCGUCACCUGGCAUCACGGUGCCGAAGUCAUCACACCCGGAGCCGGGAUCAGUGUAGACGUUACAGACGGAGGUCUGGUGGGAGAACAGAAUGUGACAAACAGCACCUUAACCAUUACGUCAGCACGUCGACAAGAUAACGGACAGUACGUCUGUAUCUUGUCUAACGUGGCGGGGAGCAGCAAGUCACAAGCAGCUACACUUGUCGUGCAAGAACGUCCUGAUGACGUGACAGUGAACGUCACAGCAGUAAACUCCACAGCCUUACACGUCACGUGGGCAGUAGGAGUAACCGGUAACCUCGACAUCAUCGACUCCCAAGAACGCUACAAACGGAGCGGCACGGAGGACUGGGCAGACUGGGCGUCAACUGGAGUUUCCGAUGUGAACGGCGAGGUGUACAUCUACGGCUUAGAACCGGCCGUCGAGUAUGAUGUUGAAGUGCGGGCAAACAACUCCCUGGGAUGGAGCACUCCUGGCAAUGGGACGGGAACUACAGAUGAAGCACCUCCUGGUCCUCCUCACAACUUGCAAGCCGCACCAACCUCCCACAACUCUGUCCACCUGACGUGGGAACCUCCGAUGGAACCCAACGGUGAGAUCACCAACUACGCAGUUCAAUACGGACCGUCCGAGUCGUGCAGUGAGGCUGAGUUUCCCCAUCAAGUUACCACGUCUGACGGCAGCACCACUACCGUUAUCGGAGACCUGGUUCCGUACACGAACUACACAUUCCGGGUGCGGGGGGCGACAAGUGCAGGAGGAGGAAACUUCAGCGGCUGUAACAGCACAAGGACACUGGAAUAUUACCCUACAGCCCCAGUUGUCCAGACGUUUGCAGACCAGCACGACUGUAACUGUCAGACGCCAAACCUCCCCCGGCCGGUCCAGCUGCGUGUAGCCUGGCGGCGCCCUGACCACAUCCACGGUCAGCUGCAGGCGUAUCGAAUCAGCCUGUACAACAGGACCGGCGGGAAACCGUUCUACCAGGAGAACAUGACGUCAGGACUGCAGCAGGAGAACCUGACAGCUGUGGUCACAUCGUCACUCCUGCAGCCUGCCAACAACUACUCUGUCACUAUAUCAGCCAUUAACACCUUAUACCGUGGGAACGAGAGCCAUCCAUAUAUGGCCCGUACGAGCGACGGAUGCCCAGAUGCCCCGACUGUGACAAGACUGGCAAACAGUGAAUGUGGAGUAAUCUGGACAGCUCCUACAGUUACCAGAGGGAGACUGUCAGGGUACAAUGUUAUAUAUGUUGACACGCCACUUCAUAACUCGGACGAGUCUGAACCACGCAUCAGACGUGACCCGUUGGGUUUGGAUGAACAACAGUGGUCCAAGUCACUGGCUGAGCUUCCCGCCAACUCCUUGGUCCGAGUCACGGUCCGGGCGGUAACCUGUGCCGAGGGAGACAAGGGGGAGGAGGUCACUUGUCGGGUCUCAAGAGUUGAACCACCGCCGCCUCCAGUACUCCCUACCGGCCCACCCCCGAGCCCUUCGCCAACAUCUUUUCCCAUGGUCCUUCCGAGGGUGAGCGAGAGGAAUGGUCUAGUACGUUGUUGCCAAGUCAUCGUCAUCACAAUGACUAAAACCGAGAGCCUUGCUGACCUGAAAAUAAGAGUUGGAGAACCAGACGUCAUGCUUACAGAGGACGCUCCUGAGGACGGGAAAACUGAACCUUACGUGGCUUUGUCACUUUCAAGAGAUGACUACAAAAGAACCGAUGAAGUUCAGAUCGGCGACGGUGGACCCUGUAGUUACGCGUGGUGCUGUGAGCGGAGUGAACUCGCCGAUCCCAGUCGCGCAAAGACUCCCGGCAAUAAGAAGCUCCAGUCAGGGAGCAAGUACACAGCAGCAGUACGAUGUUACGUGGACUCUGGAGCCAAGAGACGCAAGCGGAACACAGAAAGGUUAUUCACGACAAGUGGGUACAUUGAACCUGUUAUAACAGAAAUGGACAACCAAGACGAAACUGUUCCUCUUGUCCCCAUCAUCGCUGGCUGUGCGGCUGCCCUACUGGUUGUUGUUCUGGUGACAGUAGGCAUCAUAUGUUACAGGAAAAGAAGGUCCAGAGACGAUCAGCAUCCUCCAGGUCUUCAACUAGAUCUGAAGAUAAUCAAAGGAGACGAGCCCUCCGCCACGGAGUCAGCUGAGAAUCCUGCAUGUAAGACGUUGGAUGAAGACAGUUAUCUUUACGAAACGACCAUUUACCGCCUCCAAGACCUUGUCACUGUGGACGACGUAGUGGAAUUCCUGAGGUCCAGUGGUUUUGGGCGGUACGCUGCAGCAUUUAGGCGACACGAAAUAGACGGAGAUGCUGUCUCGAAUCUGAGCGACGCUGUGCUUGCUGAGCUCAUUCCUGAGAUCGGACCGAGGGUCAAACUUCAAAAAGCACUGCAGGAGCUGAAGGACAACUCGGACUCCACAGAAGGCAGCAAACCUGCCCACGCUGACUGGGAAAUCCCCCGGUCCAGUCUGACGCUCGGUAAAGUCCUGGGGAAGGGACAGUUUGGAGAGGUCCGUAUGGGGGAGCUGAGGAAGAGAGGCGUCACCCAGACUGUGGCAGUCAAGACACUGAAAGCAUCUGCCGAAGACCGAGACAAAGAGGAUCUGUUGGGGGAGCUGGAUAUUCUGGUCACUGUCGGUCGUCAUGACAACAUCAUCAGUCUGGUUGGCGCAUGCACAGUAGAAGGUCCACUGAUACUUGUGGUUGAGUACGCACCAAACGGCUGUCUGAAGGACUGGCUGAAGGAGAACCGUCCUGAGGGGCUGGACCAGACAGACGACAAAAACAUCCCCACCUCCGGGGUUCAGCUGCCGAUGGACCAGCUCAUUCUGUUCGGUAUUGACAUCGCGAAUGGGAUGAGUCAUCUGGCUGCCAUGCAGUGUGUACACCGUGACCUUGCCGCCAGGAACGUGCUCCUUGGGAAGUAUCUGACGGCCAAGAUCUCCGACUUUGGUCUGUCACGGGACAUCUACGAGGAGACUGAGUACGUCAAGAGCACCAAGAGCCAGCUUCCCGUCCGUUGGAUGGCAUACGAGUCCCUUUUCUACCACACGUACACCACACAGAGUGAUGUAUGGUCCUUUGGAGUCCUUCUGUGGGAGAUCAUGACAAUGGGAAAGAAGCCGUACGGUCGGAUGACCGGCAAAGAGCUCAUGAAACUGUUGCCCGACGGCUACAGGCUGGAGAAACCUGCCCUAUGUCCUCACGAGAUUUACGAUGUGAUGAGGUGCUGUUGGGAAACCCUCCCUGAGAACAGACCAACUUUCCCGAACCUGAAGGUGACUCUGGACCGGAUCAUUCAAGAUUACAAGACAUAUGCUUCACUGAUGAAGUGAGAAACUGCAGAUAUAAAGAGAGACAGAUAAGAAUCCCUUUUGCUAAUUGAAACUUUGUAUCAUUUUUGUAGAUAACGUAAUUAUAAAGCCAGAAUGACUUAUGUAUACAAUCCUAGUAAUAUCAAGCGUAAGAACAAAUAUCUUAUACUAAUUAUGGAACAUUAUAUUACUCCCAUGAAGAUUCAUUUUUGUCACAAACACAGUGCAUAUACAGCACAAGCUGCAUCAUAAUCUAAAAAUAUAUUAAGGACAAUUACUGUAAAUCUUUUAGCAAAAAUAUUGCUUACAUUCUUAUUCAAGAUACAUCAUUUGUAUUUUUUUUUCAUCUAACAUCUAACCAAGAAAAUCUCCUAUGCAUGGAGUUGACUUUG